UCCGGGCUCGGACUUCCGGCGGCGGCGGCGGCGGCUGUCCAUAGCUGGCUCGGCUUGCAGUUUUGUGCCCUCUGCCCCUGGGCUUUCUGAGCAGAGUGACCCUCCCGGGCGUCUUACCCGGCACCGGCUUGCGCCCAGUCACAGCGAGGCCCACCAACUUCGUUCCCCUUAGAGCCUGCGUCUGCCUGAACCUGCCGCCCCAGUUGAGCAGGCGGGGCGUUUUUAACAAGCUUUCUCAGCUUUUGUUUGCUCUAAGGGGUGAAAACGGCUGCGGGGCCGAUCUCCGUGCCCCGGCGGCCCUAGCUGUCUUCGCCGGGAGGGUGCAGGCAGAGCAGUCCACAGCUGGACAGCCCCGCGCAGGCCGGCGCUGGUCUUUGAGCGCCGAUCCUUCUAGCAGCUGCAGACCGACUGGACUAAAAGGUUAAACAGCUCGAAGUCCUGUGCCCAUAAACUGUCAGAGCUGGACCUUCGUGAAGACAGCUAAUUCAUGACGGGCGCGAAACGCGCCCACUCUCAGGCCCUGCUCUGACUUGACUAGAGUGAACCAUUAAUUCCUGACCAGAACCACAAGUGGCAGGCCUUAAUUAUUGCAGCACAAUGAUAUAAAGACACUUGCCCGACAUCACGCAGAGGCCGGAUUCCAACCCAGCAUGGAUCUUGAUGGCUCUCAGCAAGAUCCUGAAAUGAAGGACAAUCCUCCCGUCUAUGUUGGCAGAGAAGAUGACAUUAAGAAAUCUGAAAGAAUGACAGCUGUUGUCCAUGAGAGAGAAGUGGUCAUUUUCUACCACAAAGGAGAAUAUCAUGCUAUGGAUAUUCGCUGUUACCACUCCGGAGGACCUUUACAUUUGGGAGACAUAGAGGAUUUUGAUGGACGACCAUGUAUAGUUUGCCCCUGGCAUAAAUAUAAAAUUACUUUGGCAACAGGAGAAGGACUAUAUCAGUCUAUAAACCCUAAAGAUCCGUCAGCCAAACCCAAGUGGUGUUCUAAAGGAAUAAAGCAAAGGAUUCAUACAGUGACAGUGGACAAUGGGAAUAUUUAUGUGACUCUUUCUACUGAUCCUUUCAAGUGUGACUCUGAUUUUUAUGCCACUGGAAACUUCAAAGUAAUUAAGAGUUCUUCCUGAUAAAAUUAUAUGGCAGUGAGCAAUGUGCAUGUUUUGAAAAUAACCUUGUUUCAAUACCAAAGAUGAUUUUUUCCAACACAGGUGCCUUACUUAUCUUUAAAAAUCAUAUAAAUCUGACAGACCCCAAAGCACAUGGACUGGGUAGGAUGUAAGGAUUAGCAUCAGGAUCUGCAGAAUACAUUUCAUCCAGUCCUCCGGACUGACCGGAACCUGAAGGUUAUAGGUCUGGUAUGGGCAUUGUAAGAAGGAUGAAAGUAAUUUGAAGUAACUAAAAUGAAGAAAAGGUAUAAAAUAAGAUCUGCUAAGAAAAAUGGGUGGGAGCAAUUCCACCCAUUUGAUGUAGCAAUGUUAUCAUGGAAAAGUUUAAUAUAUACAAAGUAAACAAAAUAGUAUAAUAAACUCCCAUCACCCAACUUCAACAAUUUCAGCAUUCUCCUAUUACUGUUUUAUUGCCACCUUCAUGCAUUCCCCACCUCUCCUAUUUGAUCAUUACUUUUUUCUUUUUUUAAUUUAUUUUUUAAUUGUUCAAGUACAGUUUUCUGUCUUUUACUCCCAUCCCAGCCCAUGCACCCAGCCCCCCUCCCAUUUCCACUCCCCCUAGUUUUUGUCCAUGUCUGACCAUUACUUUUUAAUGGUAAAAUUUAAAUAUUUUGAAAUAGAUCUUAACUUCAGACUUUCUAAAUACAGGGGAGGGCAAAAGUAGGUUUACAGUUGUAAGUGUGUGAAACAAUUUAUUCUUAUAUUAUUAUUUAUCAAUUAUUGUAUGAUAUGCCAUAUGAACAACUGUAAACCUGCUUUUGCCUACCCCUGUGUAUAAGACUUUUUACACUUAAAAUUCGCCUCCAGAAAUGGGAUAAGUUUACAUGCUGAGUUUAAAAUAAGAAAUUUAUCAAUAUGCUGGACAUCAAAACCAAAUAAACUGUGGUCAGUUCCUCUCUGAUCAAGACAAACCGUCUCAAAGUGAGAAGACACACACAGCUGCUGCCCAGCCAGGGGAGAUGUGACGUUUCCUGGUCAGUGAGCCAAAGUACUUUGAAUUUGAAUGCCUAUGUGAAAUUUUCAAGUAAAGACUUUUUUAAAAAAAUUAUAGAGAACCUUGCUCUUGUAUGUACAACUGUUUCAUGUAAAUGUUAUAAAGAGAAGAGGUACCGGGCAUUCUUCCUCAGAGUCCUCUCUGUUGCGUUGGUGUUAGGGGUUCACCCUGCUUUACCAUGACAGAUACCUUUGGGCAGUGCUGUUCUGGUUGCCUGGGGCCCACCCUGCACUUUAACACCCUGGGUGCUAGGUAUCUAAAACUUGGCAGCACGUAGAAUGUAAGAGUAAGUCCAACGACAAAGAGCCGGGGUAAGCAGAAUAGGAAUUCAGAGUGAGAAGAACUGCCGUGUUUGGAACCUCUUCCCCAAAGCACGGUGAUGUUCUUAGUGGCACAGGGUUGAAUUAAGGUUCCAAACUUGGACUCUUUCCCUUGAUUAUUAUAAAAAUAAUAAGCAAAUAAAGUAUCAUUAAGGCUCUGCUUACAGAGCCCUUUUCUACACACUAUUAAAUUUCCCUUUCUGCUGGAAUAUGGGAAGCCUGAGGUAAUACAACACUUGCACUCAUUUUUCAGACUACUGCUAAAGAGUCAGGCUUGAGCUCUGUAUAAAUACUGUUUAUGGCAGCAGCUACUCACGGGGUAUAAGAAAUGUGCCAUCUCUGGAAUGGGCACAUCCCAACCUAUUAUAUUAGGUGCCAGUCCUCUAAUGACCAAUCAGGUCCUAACAUGUGGCCAGAAUUUUAAAUACACAGAAGAAACCAAAGAAUCUCCUGCAGGCAAAACCAUGGCUUUGGUUAGCAGGGCCAGUUAUAGACUCUCUUAGGAUCCAGUAGUAACAGUGAGUAACAUGAACUCUAUUUCUGGUUUUAGAUUUGUUACUCUAAAUCUGGAAAUGAAAAAUGUCCUGUCCUGUCCUGUUCUCAUAUACAGAACUCUUCUCAGAUUUGUAAACAAUAUUCUAUUUUACAACUUUAUGAAAUCUAUGAAUUGCGAGUCCUACUUUACAGAUAAGUUUUAAAAGAAGUGGUAAUAGGCAGACUCAAACUAGGCAAACUGUAGAUAGAACACAAAUAUCUUUUGAAAAAUGUCUCUAAAAAAGAUAUGUAGCAUUUUUAUUGGGAUGGUUUUACCCUCCCAGAAAAAUAAUUAGAAAGAUACUCAAAACAAGUCUUUAAUAAAAAACAUAAAUGUAUUAUAAAUAGACCUAUAUUAUAAAACACAGCAUAAAGUCUUCCCACCAAAGGGUACAUUUUCUUGUUCAUUAAAAGAUAUCAGAUAGUGAUACAUGUAUUUUAUUUUCUCUACCUUAUAAAUACUUGAGUAUGACAUUUUAUUAAUUCCUCCCCUCCCUUCUUAAAAGCAGCUUAACUCUUAGUAUAUGAAAACUAGUUUCCUACCUUUGUCAGAUAAAAUGUUAUUAGAUAGAUAACUCUUAAACUGUUCAGUGAUAUUUAUGUUUAGAUUUCCUCACUCAUUUA